GCUGAGAUCAAGAGUUGGAUGCUCAACUGACUGAGCUACCCAGGUCAUUGUGUCCAAGGUCCAGGCUCCGCAGGUGUGUGUUGUUCAGAAUAGCAGAAGCCAGAUCCAGACAACACGUACUAGUAAGAACACAGCCCAACAAUCUGCAAGAAAUACAAAAGAGCUUUUCCCUCCUUUUUGCUACCAUCCUGGUGUGUGGUUGACUGUUCCUCGCCAUGUCUUCUCACAAGACGUUCAGAAUCAAGCGAUUCCUGGCCAAGAAACAAAAGCAGAAUCGUCCCAUUCCCCAGUGGAUUCAGAUGAAAACUGGUAAUAAAAUCAGGUACAACUCCAAGAGGCGUCAUUGGAGAAGAACCAAGCUGGGUCUGUAAGGCAUCACACUUCAUGAGAUGGCACAUGUAUUGAAGCUGCAUGAAGCUCACAU